AUGGCCACUAACAAGCUUGCCCUCGGCCUCGCGGUCCUAGGCCUUGCCGCCGCGCAGAAGCCUGGAAACACGGCUGAUGUUCACCCUCAGUUGACAACUUACCGAUGCACCGUGGCUGACGGCUGCAAGGAGUCGACUAACUACCUCGUCCUCGACUCUUCUGCCCACUGGGUUCACCAAGCCGGUAGCAACGCUGGCUGUGGUGACUGGGGAAACAAGCCGGAUGAGACUGCUUGCCCUACUAAGGAGGCAUGCGCCCAAAACUGCAUUAUGGAGGGCCAGACCGACUACAGCAGCAUCGGUGUCAAGACUGACGGAGCUUCGUUGAACAUGCAGCUAAUCGUCGGCGACAAUGUCGUCUCUCCCCGCAUCUACCUUUUGGACGCGGCCAAGGAGAAGUACGAGCUAUUGAAACUCACCGGUGCCGAGGUCAGCUUCGACAUCGAAGCUAGCCAUCUCCCUUGCGGCAUGAACAGCGCUCUUUACCUCUCUGAGAUGUUAGCCGAUGGAGGUAAGAGUCAGCUGAACCCUGGUGGAGCUGCCUGGGGUACCGGAUACUGUGAUGCUCAGUGCUAUGUUACUCCUUUCAUCAAUGGCGAGGGUAAUGUCGAGGGCAAAGGCGCUUGCUGCAACGAGAUGGAUAUCUGGGAGGCCAACUCGCGCGCUAACCAAAUUGCACCGCACCCUUGCAACCAGACUGGACCGUACCUUUGCACAGGAGAUGAGUGCAAAGCCGACGGUGUCUGCGACAAGAAUGGAUGCGGCUGGAACCCCUACCGCCUCAACCAGCCUGACUACUACGGAAGGGGAGCGGAUUUUCAAGUUGACACAACCAAGCCCUUCACGGUCGUUACCCAAUUCCCUGCCGAUGAGCAGGGCAAAUUGAAGGAGAUCCAUCGCUUGUACGUCCAGAGCGGCAAGGUGAUUAAGGCCGAGGUCGUGAAGAAGACUGGCGUACCAGAAGUCUCGUUCACCGACGACGAAUACUGCGCUGCGACCGGCGCGAGCAAGUUCAUGGAUCUAGGCGCCCACGUGCAAAUGGGCGACGCUCUAACCCGAGGUAUGGUCUUGGCUUUCAGCAUCUGGUGGGAUGAAGGGACAAACAUGUCGUGGCUUGACGGUGCCAAAGACGGUGCUGGCCCCUGCAACGCUACCGAAGGAAACCCCUCCAACAUUCGAAAGAUCGAAGCGCACCCCGAAGUAACCUUCAGCAACUUGAAGUGGGGAGAGAUCGGAUCGACAUUCCCUGCUGCCUAG